AUGUCGGAUCCCGAUCAAGAUAUCUUAGAUGCUAUUGAACAAGGAUCGUUCAAUUAUGCUCAAUCACUGCUUUCUAUAAGACUAAAAAAAUAUCCCAAUAACACUUAUUAUGGAGCAUUAAAUUGUUACUUACUUUUAUCGUCCGGUAAAAUUAAUGAGUCCAUUGACCAGAGUCUGAAGCUUAUGGCCAAAGUGCCUAAUGAUCCAAAAACACUUGGAUUACUAUACACCAUUUUUAAUAAAGCAGGGCGGUCUAAAGAAGCUAGUGUGGUUUACGAAAAUACUGUAAAGAAAUAUCCUACCAAUUCCAUCAUUUUGAGUUGGUUUGAGACUUCUCUUAAAAAUUUUGAUUUAAAAGCUCUUCAGAAAUCUACCAUGAAUCUACAGAAAGUCAACAAAUCGAAUCGCUCAUAUUCAAUGUGGUCAAGUUUGUCUUGUUUGAUUUUAAGCAACAAUUCUAAUGAUCCUAAGGAGAGUUUACUCUUUAAUAAGUUAGGAUUGAAAUUGCUAGAGAACUUACAGCCAUUGUUAACUACACAAGAGGUUUUCGUAUAUGUUAAGUUGCUAUACAACUUAGAAGAAUUUUCCCAAAUCGAGUCUUAUUUACAUCAGUAUAAAUCUGCAAAUGUGCUUGACUUGGAAUUAAAAUUAAUCUACUUGGAUAUUUUAAACAUACUAGAAAAAUGGGAUAGUUUAUAUUCGUAUGCAAAUCAGUUAAUCUUUAAAGAAAACUUUAAUGAUUUUGAUACCUGGAAAUAUUUAAUUAGUUCAUCAUUCCAGAGGAAUUCUCCGGUAUCAGACUUGAAAAACAUUAUCAUAAGCCAUCCUAAAUCAAGAAACUCCAAAUUAGCAUUAGUUGAAAUGGCAAAGGUAUAUAACGUGCCAAUGGAUGAGUUUGUUUUUGAGUAUUAUAAUGAGUUCAAUCAUAAAUCAUGUUGUUUUAACGAUUUGAAGUAUUAUUGUAAAUCUUUUGACACCGAAAACUUUAAAGCAUUGAUUAACGAUUCUACCACCAAAUUGAAAAGUUCAUCGCAAGGAGAUAUAAACAUAUUGAUUGGUUUAGUCAAUAACCAAAAAUUCAAAUUGUUGUUUAACGAUACAGAUAGCGGUUUUUGUGCUCAAAACUGGGAAAUUUAUGGACAGUUUAAGCAUUUAUUGAAAGUCAAAGAACUGACAGAUUUCUAUCCGGCCCACGAAUUAAUUUUGAUCAAUAUAAUAUUGGAAUUGAAGAAGAGCAAGAAAAUUGAAACUAUUCUUAAGAAUGUUUGUAUUAUAGAAAGGUUAUUGAUAGAUGACAAAUCCAACUUAAAUUUAAAGUUAUGGCAAAUUAAAUUAUACUCUUAUUUGAAUUGUCAAUCAUUAGUGUUUUUGCAUUAUCAAAAAUUAAAUAUUAAAAUGAUACAACACAACACCUUGAGUCAUUAUUUAAUUGAGAGGAAUUGCUUCCCUUGCAAAAAUAAUUUGAGUUAUUUAAUUAACAUCUAUAGAUUUUAUUUGACUGCUGAAUAUGAAAUCAAUGACAACAUAAUGCUUGGUUUCAAGAAAGAAAUAUUCAAUAAAUUAGAAAACUUUUUAAAAUUUGGUGAUAACUUGAACAAAUCCAUUAGCAAAUAUAAUUUAUUAUUAGAGAUUUUGAAAAUAUCUAGAGUUACUAAUGACAGUAAUUAUUAUAACUAUUUCAGUAAUAAUAUCAAAAGUUUUGAAAUAAGCUUAUUAAAUGAAUCUUUUAGUGUAUCAGAUAACAGGGAUAAUAAAAUACACUGGAAGUUUGGUAUUAAUGAACCUUUGGAAGAAGGGUUAUUAGAUUUGGGACCACAAUAUGGCGAAGAAUAUAUAAAAUUGAAUUAUAUUAAGGAGUUAAUUAUCCUUAAUAUCAAUAAUAGCAAUUCUUUGAAGCUAUUCAAAUUGUUCAACAAAUACUUGAAUAACAAUUUGUAUUUGAAUCAACUAACCGUUUUUGAAAAAUGGCUUUUUAAAGUCUAUCUAAGUGUUUUCAAGUAUAUUAAAUUCGAUAAUCCAAAAGAAAACGAAUCUAUUGAAAAGUUUUUAGUCAAAAAUUUAAAGCUAGAUAAAAUCAAUUCAUUAAUUAAUUCCACCGAAAGCAUAUUAUCAUGGGAAGUAAACUAUAUUUUGGUUAAUUUAGUUGACUUAUCCAAGGUUUUAACCCAGUUAAGCAGAUUUGAAUCUUCCAAAAAGAUAUGCUCAAUUAACAAAACUUUGAUCUCCGAUUUGAAAUCUUUAAAUUGCAAGAAGCUUCAAGUUAAUAAAUUGAAUGAAUUGAAAGCUGGGAACUUUGAUUUUGAUAAAAAUUUAAAUCUUGAUGCAAAUUUUGUCAGCGAAACAUUUCAAAUUAUUGAGAAUUCAAUCUACGAAGCUUCGAUCUCUAAUUUAAGAUUUUAA